AUGACUGGGAUUUUGACGAUGGUGUAUCCAAGAAAAUACAUACUUGAAGAUACAAUCAGAGAUGUCGAAUAUUGGACAAUGAACAACACUCGUUCAUAUGACACGCGGUUUAAACUAUACCAACAUUUACUUAGACACAAUUUUUCAGCUGAGUGGCGAUACCAUGAUUUCCUUGAAUAUGCUGUAAACAAUGACAAAAUGCACAACAAACGAUGUAGUGUUGUUGGAAAUGGAGGUAUUCUAAAAAACAGUGCAUGUGGACCAGAAAUCGACAAAGCCAACUAUGUUUUCAGAUCUAAUCUACCUUCAAUUCGUAAUUUCACGUAUGAUGCUGGAAAGAAGACAAACUUUUCUACUUUUAAUCCAAGUAUAAUUAGUGAAAGGUACCACAACAAUUUUUCUGGUUUUAAGCAUGAUCUCGAUGCAUAUGAAGGUCAUAUAUUGUUUUCUCGGACUGAACUAAUAAAAGGAGCAAAACGUGCAUUCUUAUCUUAUGUACGAGAGAAUACAACGUUAAUGGACUUAGAAGCUGAUCCGAAUUACUUAUUUGCAGUUGAAACAUUUUGGGUAUGCAAUAAAAGAGCGACUACAGGAUUGCUAUUGGUCAGCCUAGCGCUCAUACGCUGUGAUGAACUUCACCUGUUUGGAUUCUGGCCAUUUGAUACUGAUAAAGAUGGCAACGAUGUACCAUACCACUAUACUGAGGACAUCGAUUGGCCAGUAACAACGACUCAUAACAUGCAGUGCGAGUUUCAGAUUCUUAGAGAACUGCAUAUCAAGGGUGUGCUUAAGCUGCAUAUUGACAAAUGUGAAUAG